AUGCUGCAUGACGAACCCGAAACGUCAGGCUCAAACAAUGAGUCAAAGACAUUACUGGAAAGCUUAGAGAGUUUAUCGGCGUGGGAAAAAGAAAUGGACAAGGUGGAGAAGGAAGCCGAUGUUUACAGACUCAAGCUAGCUCAACCCAUGUACGCCAAACGAAGGUCAAUUUUGAAAAAGAUUCCCAAAUUCUGGUACAUAAUACUAGCUGAAAACGAUGAGUUUGCUGAGUACGCUAGUCCCGAUGAUCUCAAAUACUUGGAGUAUAUAGACGACAUUUAUGUUAACCAUCCAGUAGUGGAGAAGGGUGUCGAAAAGACCACUAUUAAUCCCAGGGAUUUCGAUAUCACAAUUAGUUUCAAGAAAAACGAGAUGAUUCAAGAACAAAGUGUUACUAAAAGUUUCAAAGUAGUAGUCAAUGAUAACGGUGAAGAACAUUUGGAAUCACUGUUUGUGGAAAUCAAGUGGCCACAGGAAUUGUCAAAAAUUAAUCCCCAUUUAAUAAAGGAAAGAACAAACGAAGGGAAGAGCAUGACACCUGAUGAUAAGAAAAAAUAUCGUGCAGGUAUGAAGUCGUUUUUCUCGUGGUUUGCGUGGACCGGUAUGAAACCAGGAAAGGAGUUUAGAAAUGGUGAGGACUUGGCAAACUUGAUUUCGGAGGAUAUUUUUGUAAAUGCACUUAAAUACUACAUUGUUGCUUUGUCGAAUGAGUCAGGAGAAGAAGAUAGUGAUGAGGACGAUAGUUCGGAAGGCGAAGAGUUGGACCUUAGUGAUAUCGAGGUUGAAGACAAGAAGCGUGCGCUAGAAGCCGAUGUGGAUGAAGGACACCAGGCAAAGAAACUCAAAUAG